AUAAGGUUUUGAAGGGUUUAUUUGAAUAUAUCGCAAUCCCUUCGACGGCGGCGGCGCCUUCGUUCGGCCACGCGAGGGUUUGAUGGGCACGGCGACGGAGAUUGCGACUGACGCGUCCGCCGAGGCGACUGCCGACCGAGUCGAUGCCUUGCUCGAGGCAGCUCGAUAUGAUGACUUGGAAGAUUUAGUAACCAUUCUUUCUUCGGGGAUCUCUCUGAAUUCCUGUGAUUCUCAAGGAAGAACAGCUCUUCAUAUGGCUGCUGCCAACGGGCAUCUUGAAAUAGUCGAGUAUCUUAUUCAGAAUAGAGCAGAAGUGAAUGCUCUGAACUCGGAAAAGAACUCACCCCUUCACUGGGCUUGCUUGAAUGGGCAUGUAGAGGUGGUUAAACUCUUGAUCCAGGCAGGCGCCACUGUGAGUUUGCUGAACAGCCACGAGAGGACUCCGAUGGAUGAAGCAGUGAGCAGAGGAAAGAUGGAUGUGAUCGAUGCAAUCAACAAUGCAGUCGCGCAAGUUGAACUGGAUGGUUUUAGUGUAGCUUAGUCGUAUGAACUAAGUUAACGAAUACUUGAACCAACGAGUGAAAGGAGCAGUUUGAUCUCGGCUUGUGUCUUAAGAAGUCGCAACGAUGAAUCUUACUCAUCUUUAAGCUACUUGAAUCCCUCCCCUUUGGAACAAUUGUUAAAUCUAGUAUGAAGUUUUAAUGUGUGAACAAAUCUUGUAUGACUUAUUUAUUUUGAACAAGCAUGUUGCGUGUACUUCCAAUUUCA